AGUGGCGGCGAAGACAGACGAGAAGCAAGAGAAAAAAUGGCGGAUUUGCUGUUGGGUUCUUCGGCACAGUCCUCUCUUCUUCACCUGAGACCGAAGCUCCGAUUCACGAACUCUACUUCUCCAUCGAUCCAAAGGCUCUCGUUCCUUAAAUCUGGCGGAUUUCGUGCUCUCGCUUUCGCCUCCGAUCACCGGCGGUGUCAGUUCGGUACCAUCGCCGUCGCCGAUUUGAUUGUUCCCUUGGAUUCUACCAUAUUGUCUACGGUCACCUCGGUUACUGCCAAUGGCGUUGAUUCAGGGAUCAGAACGGUUGAAAUCGAGUCUGAGACGGGCGGCGGAGGAGAUGGGGGUGAUCAGUUGGGCGGCGGCGGCGGCGGAGGAGGAGGAGGAGGCAGUGGAGAUGGAGAUGGCGGGAAACAGGACGGAGAUGGCGAGGAGUCGCAGGAUGAUGGAAAGGGAAAGAUGGGAUUGUCUAUGUCACAGAAGUUGACUCUUGGUUACGCUGCUCUUGUUGGAGUGGGUGGAUUGAUGGGUUACCUAAAGAGUGGUAGCCAGAAAUCGCUGCUUGCCGGUGGACUGUCAGCUGCUGUUUUGUUUUACGUUUUUCGGGAACUUCCGACAAAACCUGUUUUAGCAUCGACCGUUGGCGUAGCGAUGGCGGCUGCAUUGACGUGGAUGAUGGGAACCCGUUUCAUGAGAUCGAAGAAGAUAUUUCCAGCUGGAGUUGUGUCGUUUGUAUCGUUUAUAAUGACCGGAGGCUAUAUCCAUGGCAUCAUGCGCAGCUUUCACUAAACUAAAUGCUCACUCCUUCCUCUGCCCGGCCUGAUCAAUGUUUGGUGAGUGUACCCCUUUUAUCUUAUCAGAAUCGAUGGUAAAGCGGCUGUGUGGAAAUGCCCAAGAGACUGGAAAUGUACUGAUUUGGUAUGAACAGUUGUAACUUAGUCCCUUUUUUUUCACGCAAAGACAUUUGAGAAGAGGUGGCUUUGGAUAAGGGUGGCUUAUUUGGUUUGGUUUCGAUUA